GACCAUUGCGGUACAAGCACGUAGGCUUCCAGUAUGGAUGACAUCCUCGCUCCCCUCCAAGACCUCUUCGAGGCUCAAAUAGACUUCCACGGCCAACGCUUCGCCGAGAACCUUAAUAACGGCAUCCUCAGCAUCUUCUCCGUUAUCGCUUUCACUGUUGGCUACGCCUAUGAGGAUGUACACUUAUCCGUCUGGAUCGGGUUGGUGGGGAUACUCGUUGCGGUGCUCGUGGUUGUUCCGCCCUGGCCGAUGUAUAAUAAGCAUCCAGAACCGUGGUUGAUUUCCGGAGCUGGGGGUGUGGGGACGACUGGGAUUGUGGUGGAUGGGGCGAAACGGUGAUGAAUGGUUUGUUUGUUUGUGGGAGAACCCGCAUGGGGGAGGGAUGGGAAUGAAAACGUGUGUACUUUGGCUUUAUUUCGUAUUCUGUGUUUUUAGCGAUUGGGGUAUUUCCCAUGGGUUUCAAUAAAUAGGCGAAAGAAAAACUCAAGGCCUUCAAGCUUCAUU